AGGCUAGCGGCAGUGGAGGCAGGGCUUGGAUAGGGGCGGAACCUGAGGCUCCCCUGCUGCGCUCACCGGCUUCUCCGCGGUGAUUUGACCCCGGAAGUGGGGUGUGGAGCUCCGGUGCCGGUGCGGCGGGGGACUGCAGCACGAGCCUCAGGUACCGGUAGCAGCAGCAGCAGCAAUGUUUCACUUCUUCAGAAAGCCUCCAGAAUCUAAAAAGCCCUCAGUACCAGAGACAGAAGCAGAUGGAUUUGUCCUUUUAGGAGAUACAUCAAGUGAGCAAAGAAUGUCAGCAAGAGGCAAAACUUCGGAUGUAGAAGCUAACCAGUCUUUGGAGACCAACAAAGAAAAUGCAUCCAGUGUGACUGUAUCAGACCCUGAGACGGAAAAUAAGGCAGGCCAGACUCUGGAGAACAGCUCAUUAAUGGCCGAGCUGCUGAGCGAUGUACCCUUCACCUUGGCCCCGCAUGUGCUGGCAGUGCAGGGCACCAUCACUGACCUUCCCGACCACUUACUCUCCUAUGAUGUCAGCGAAAACUUAUCCCGGUUUUGGUAUGAUUUCACUCUUGAAAAUUCAGUGCUCUGUGAUUCAUAAUCUUUAUGUCUGUUUGCACCUUAAUAGCUUUAAAAUAUAAGUUUGCCUAUUUUGUUUAACCUGUUUGAUGUUCUUUGCCAUUUCACUGUUUAAGGCCCUCAGCAAAGCAAGGAUCUGAAGUAAAGAGAAUAGCAUUAUGUUCAUUACUCUAUCCUUUAGAAAAAAGAACAUUUUAUAAAAACUGAACUUAAGUUCUACUUCCUUUCUCCCACGUAAUAAAUAUAAAAAUUAGGCUAUGAAGCUUUUAUGAAAGGAGUCGAUUCCUUCAGAUGGUCUCUCAAAAUAUAACACCUUAAAUUUAUCUUAGAAGAACUGUGAAAAAGAAUUGUGGCAUUUUUUAGUUACCAUGGCUCUGAAGUCUGAGCUUGAGGUGGGUGUGAAGUCUCCUUUCUGGUUUGUAGGAAGUUGAAUUAGUGUUAUUCCUGAAUUUUUCUCUUCCACAGUGUUUAUGAAUGAAUUGAGAAAAGAGGUGCCAGUUAGCUUAAUUUCUUCAAGUCUCACUUUAGACGCAUUGAUCUGGAAAUUUAAAACUUGUCCUAAACAGCAGUGAUGGCUUGCUGAUAUGAGAGUGCUAGAACUGCUCUGCGUCCUGUUUCUAGAGUGACCCAUUUCCGUUUUCUUAAACCCAUGGCAGCCCUUUCCAUCGUGAAUAAUUUUUGUGUUCCCACCUUUGUUCUCUUUUUGCUACUUCAGUGUGCUCUCUGACCAGCUUUCCAAGGAACUUUCCCUGCUUCUGCCUCAGUUGGCAUUUGCUCUCCUUACCACAUAUGUUCCCAGUUUAUGAAGAGAUCCACAUUUCCUUUCAACCUCUCUGCCUCCUAAAGAAAAACAUCUCGUGAUGAUACAUAUUAUUGCUGAUAACACCCUUAUUUAGAAAUUUGUUGGCCACAAUACAGAUGGAAAUGUUUUACUGCUGAAGAAAAUGAAAUCAACUCAUUUCCAAUUAGAGUAUAGGCAGAACACAUAGAUAUGACUUAGUUCUUGAAUAUCCAUUGUUUACUUUAAUGAAAACAGAACUGCCAUUGGUCAGUAAACUGUAAAGGGAAGAGGUAAAUUGUGAUAGAGAAUUUUCUAUGCCAUGGGAAAUUGAAAUCACAUUUAUUUUGAUUAUCAGCAAUAUGAUUUAUUAAGUCUGUGCCAAGUUUUAAGUAUAUUUUUUUCAUAAAGAUAGAGUGCCAUAGUGAAACUAAACACUGUACAUAAAGGUACAUGAAUUAUUCAGGUUUUAAAAUAUUAUGCAUGUUUGUUUAAUAGAUGUGGCAUGGUCUUAAUAAAAAUGCUAUGUUAUUUAAAAGUUAUAGGAACAUUUCUAUUGACAAAAAUAUGCUUCAUUUACAAAUAAUAUUAUUAUAUGUGGUUAAUGAUUAAAUUAGAUCUUUACAUAGUUUUUAUAAAACAUCAGUCUAGGAAAUAUAACUUAUUACUGAUGCAAAUGUGAACAUUUUGUAGUAGUUUUGUAAAAGCUCAUCCUUUUCAAAUAUCUAUGUUAAUGUACCCUUGAAACUAAAUGCGAGCCAGUUUGUCUAAUGUAUGUAUGAAAUUUUGUCUAAAAUACCUAAACAUUUCAUCUAUAUUUAUGUCUACCAUGUUAUAAAUGUUUGUAAGUACCUUCAUGUGUCUAUAAAAAUAUUAUAUUUAAAUAAAUGUGAAUUAAAAUAAAAAUUUUGAUUAUUUUCAGAGCCAGAAAAAUGGGUUUCUUUGCAUUAUUUAUACCUGAAUGCAAGUUAUUGAUUCUUUAGGAGCCAAAAAGUUUAAGUAUAUAGUUUGUACAGUGCAGGGAAAAAUAUCCAAUUUCCUCUUACAUGUAAGUUUUAAGGAAUAACAUUGAAAAUGGUAAGAUCUAGCCCUGGCUUAACAGGACUGGAAGGAUUUGAGAGAGAUGACAUGAGCAUUUCUAGAUGAGUCCCAUCUUCACAACACUUAGUAAGGGCCAGUGUUAAUGAUUUUUUUUAUAAACAAAAGUAUUGCGAAAAUGACCAUUUGUAUUCUUUUAUUCUGUAUAUAAAUCAGUGUUUCUAUUAAACAUUAGAAAUCAAUCAGUCAGCUUCAUUUUACUCAAGAGAAGAUUGAAGCCUAGAAAAACUAAAUGACUUAACAUCACUUAGUGAUAAAUAAAUGCUUACUUUAAUAGUUAGUAAUUAUAAUAUAUGAUAACAAAGCUGUAUGAAUGAUAUGGGAGGAAAGAGUUCAGGCAAUUAAGGUGGCCAGACAGAGUUUGUAAUGGCUCCCUCCCUUAUAAGUGGUGGGGCUUUCAAUCAGUUCCCUAAUUUCUGGUGCCCUCAGUUCUCUCAAUUGUUAAACACUAAUUGUUCAUAACUUGCAGGGUUAAGUUAUAGGUGGUGUCUCUCAAAUGCCUGGCAGCCUGAAACCUAGCGCAUCAUCAGUAUUCUGGGAAAGGGAUUCUUAUAAUUCUCGUUAUUGGCCAUACACACGCAAUAGUAUAAUGCAAUGCAAAAUACAUAUUAAUUGAACUUCUUAACAGCAAAAAACACCAGCUAC